AUGCCUUCCAAGAACGUUCCUAGUUUGGAGAAUCUGGUUAACCAAUGUUGCGAAAAUUAUUAUUCAAAAUUAAAUGAAUCAGUGGCUGAUGAGCUAAACAUUUCAAAACAGAAUAGUAAAGAAAGCCAAGACUCUGAAAGAGAUAAAUAUUAUUCAUAUUCCAAGUUUCAAGAGUUUAUUAGCGCCUCACAUUGUCAAGAGAAUCUAAAAUUCUUGAUAGAGAUUUAUCAUUAUGAAAAAAUUUGGAACAAAACUUUCAAAAGGCAAUCAUCAAUAUUGAAGUGUAAAGAUGAUGAAGCUAUGAAUUUCCCACCAUCAAAUUCAAGAAAGCAAAGUGUUGCUACAAUCCGCACUAUGAAUUCAAGAAGAUCAAAUCGUCAUCCAUCAAUCAUGGAAGAAACCCCAUUACAAUUAAUUUCACCAGUACCGUCAAAUAAACAAGAUGAACAAACCAGUUCAUUAUCCACAACAGAAGAUGAUCCAAUAUCUCCUGUAACGGCUCCUACCGAAUCUGAUCACGGUUUAAGCCAUAAUGAUUUGGAUAAGUUAGUUCAAGAACUAUCACUACCCAAAAUUUUAAAAUCUGGAGAUGACAUUGAUACAAAUUCAUUCUUAAAUCAAGAUCUUGCGAAGCAUGGAGCUUAUGAAACUCCAAGAACAAGAAGGUCAAUUUCACAAGCUUCAACUUCACCUACUAAAAAAUCUACAGAGAUUUGGGAUUCAUUAUUCAAGCCAUCUUAUAUUUGUGAAAAUGAUGCAGAAUGUGCAUGCCAUACUAAAAAUCCAAUAAUUGAUGAUCAUAGUGAAAAUAGUGAUGAAUUUAAUGAGGCUAUUGAACAACAAGAAGUUUUAGAACAUUUGAAAGAAGAAUUAAGAGAGAAGUUUGAAUUCAUAAUCAGCAAUUAUGUUGUUAACAAUUCACCUGAACAAAUCAAUCUUCCAGAUACAGUAUAUUCAAAUCUUAUGAAAGAAUAUGAAAAUAACAAGAUUUUAUAUCACUCACCAUUAACUUUAUUACCUUCCAAAAAUGUUGUUCUACAACUAUUAAGGGAAAACAUUUAUUAUAAUUUUUUGGUGGAUCAAGAAAAUUUGAUUAAUAAAGAAAAUUCACAUAAAAUAAUUAAAAAGAUGGACGAAAUGAAGCUAUCUAACACACCAUCAUCAUCAACACUUCCAGCUAUACAAACAAUCAAUACAACAAAGUCCAAAGAACUUAAGGUUCAACCUCCAAAACCAAUUUCAGUCCGUUCAAAUUCCUCAGAUGAAUCAUUGAAAUCAAAAACGAACACUCCUAUCUCAACAAUCUCCAAUUUCUUAAACAAAUAUCAUAUCAAAAUCCAUCACUCUAAUUCAUCAUCUUCAUUAGUGACACAAUUAACCGAUAAUUCAAGUUCAAAUUCUUCAAGCAGUCAAGCACCAUCACCAAUUUCAAAAUCAUUACCUAAAAAAUCAUCAACAUUCUCAUCAUCAACAUCGUUACCUGGAACACCAUCAACAUCCACAUCCACAUCUCGCUCAGAUAAAUUCCAGCAUAAGCAUUAUUCACAUAGCUCCAAGUAUGUUAAAGGUCCUUGUGGUAUAGAGCCCAACAUGGCUGAUUAUGAUCCACAUCCUCCAACUGAAAAACCUCAUCAUCAUGCUUGGGCAAGAAUGACCUCAAAAUUCAAGCAUAAGAAAUGA